AUGCAUUGGGUCAUCGUCGACAACGGCAGCUCAGCGGACAUCUUAUACUACCCGACAUUCCAACAAAUGAGGAUUGAUAGGGAACGAUUAACCCCAACAAAUGCCCCACUUGUGGGAUUUGGGGGAACAAAGGUGUUCCCCUUAGGUGUAAUUACACUAUCUGUGACGGCAGGUGACUAUCCUCGGCAUAUCACUAAGGAAGUAAUGUUUCUCGUAGUCGACUACUCGUCUGCCUACAAUGCCAUUCUCGGACGGCCCACUCUCAAUUCCUGGAAGGCGGCAACUUCAACAUACCACUUGAUGAUUAAAUUCCCGACGAAGUAUGGGGUAGGAGAACUGCGGGGAAAUCAAAUAGCAGCACAGGAAUGCUAUAUUGCCAUGCUAGAGAUGGAGGAUCAACAACAAACGAUGUGUAUCGAAGAGCAACGAGCACUAGCAGAGCCAAUUGAAGAGCUGGAAGAGGUAAGCCUUGAUGACUCGCGGCUGGAACGGACGACCAGAAUUGGCACACUAGCUAGUUGGCCAGUGCGCCAAAUGCUCACAACUUUCUUCAGAGAUAACAAAGGCGUGUUCGCCUGGAGUCACGAAGACAUGCCAGGAAUUAACCCCACAGUCAUGGUCCACAAGUUAAAUGUGUCGUCCUCAUUCCCUCCAAUCCGACAAAAGAAACGAGUGUUCGCCCAGGAGCGGGACAAGGCCAUAGCUGAGGAAGUUUGA